AACAUUAAUUUUUGUUUGUUUGUUUGUUAAUAUUGUUUUACAAUUUUGUUAUCUAAAAUAGAGGAUGCUUGAUUGUUAUUUUUUAUUGAAAAAAAAACACAAUUUGCAAAAUCAUAACACAUAACACAAUCCUUGAAAAAGAUGCACGCGGUGCUUCAAGAGGAAGAUGGAAGGUUUGCAGGCAGAGGAGAACUGACAAUAGAUACUAGAGUAUGCCUAACCAAGAUUGUGCGUCCACUCAUAAUUCUGCUACCAAUAGUGAUGAUUUUUGCAAUUAUUUUCAUCAAGGUCACGUUUGUCUACCCUCAAGAUGUAAACGUCAACAUGUCAUCAGAUGAUAUUUUAUCAGCUGCAAAAUAUCCCCAGACAGUUCCUAUAACUGAUUUAUCAGCGACUCAUGACUCUGAUAUAGCUACAGAUGAUUUCAGUGAUUCAGAAACUGAUUUAGUGAUAAAUGAUCACCUUAGUAAUAUUAACACAUUGUUUCAGACUAGCUUCUCACAAAGAAGAGUUCAAGAUAUAAAAAAGCAAUUUGAUGAUUCACCUUAAAAAGGGUUGGGAAGUCUAAAUCUAGAAUUUAAACUUUAAUGAUAAAUUAUACCAGUUAAUGUGCAGCUUAUGUGUAAAUUGUUAACCUUAUUCCUGCUGGGGGGGGGGUCAAAUUGACCCCCCCCAGCGUAUCCUGGUUUUCAAGUACCCCAGCAGGGAUAGGGUUAAAGGAUAAAGGUCGGAAUUAAAGAGUGAGAAGUAGAUAAAUUAGGUUCAGAUAGUUGAACUACUUCUUUAGAGUGAAGGAGAGUACACCACAGCAAAACUAGCUAAACUUAGUUGAACUGUUACUCUCUUCCAAUAAAUUCAAUCUUAUUUAUUUGUUUUGAUCUAAGUCGGGUCUAAAUAAAUGCCUUGGAGCCAUUUAA